UAGAUGUUAGCCUGUAAUAAAUAAUACAGAGAGCAUCUGAAGCAGCAGCCGGCGGCCGGCGGCAACAGGGAGGAGGAGUGGCCGGAGACCGGUGGCUGGCUCCAUAGCUGCAGCCAGCUUCAAUCAAUGGCUUUCAAGUUCUCCUCUCUUUUCUCCGCCUUUCUUUUUCUUCUCUUUCUAUCUGAUUCGGUUGUUCGAAUCAUCUCCGUUGGCGUUGGAAUUAACUACGGUCAGAUCGCCAACAAUCUCCCAUCCCCUUCCCGCGUUGCCGGCCUCCUAAGAACUCUAAACAUCACAAGAGUGAAGCUUUACGACGCAGAUCCUAAUGUACUGAGAGCCUUUGCUAAUUCAGAUGUAGAUUUCGUUCUUGGACUUGGAAAUGAAUAUCUCCAGAAUAUGACCGAUGUGAAGAAAGCACAAGCAUGGAUUCAACUUCAUGUUCAACCCUACAUUUCUCGAACCAAAAUCACUUGCAUUACAGUUGGGAACGAAGUACUCGGUGGUAACGAUACUCAGUUACCGCUUUAUCUCCUUCCUGCUAUGCAAACCGUUUACGACGCCCUUGUUAAUCUAGGGCUUAACAAACAAGUAUACGUCACGACUGCUCAUUCCCUAGCCAUAUUGGCUAACUCCUUCCCGCCUUCAUCAGGUUCUUUCCGGCCAGAUCUAGCUGAAUACAUCCAGCCCAUUCUCAGUUUCCAUUCACAAGUUGAUUCCCCAUUUCUCAUAAAUGCAUAUCCAUUUUUUGCUUACAAGGAUAACCCUGAUCAAGUUUCCCUUAGUUAUGUCCUUUUCCAACCCAACCAAGGGACAGUUGAUCCUGUAACCAAUUUGCAUUAUGACAACAUGUUGUUUGCACAAAUAGAUGCAGUUUACUGCGCUAUAAGAGCAAUGGGGUAUACAGAUAUUCAAGUUAAGAUAUCUGAAACGGGCUGGCCUUCUAAAGGUGAUCAAAAUGAGGUUGGAGCUACGGUUCAGAAUGCAGGACUAUACAACUCCAAUUUAUUGCGUAGGAUACAGGCGAAUCAAGCUACACCAGGAAAUCCUUCAAUCCCAAUUGACAUAUAUGUAUUUGCACUCUUCAAUGAGAAUCUAAAGCCCGGUCCAACAUCUGAGAGGAAUUAUGGGCUGUAUUACCCAGAUGGUACACCUGUUUAUGAUAUAGGAUUGCAAGGAACUCUUCCCACAUUAAUAUUUUCAGCUUCCAGUAUUAAUAAUAAUAAUGCACAACUAAGUUUGAUCGUUCUGAGUCUUACAAUGGUGUGGACGACGAUCUUGUUGGGUUAAGCAAUUUGAAUUCAUUUAUUGUUCUUGAUGAUAAGGAAAAUCUGAGGGACAGAAAGAGGCAGUGAAAUGGCUUUUCAGUUGCUUAAAGAUUUUCCCUUUGUUCAAAAGGGAGAGAUCAUUUAGGACUGUGAAGAGAGGUUCCACAUAUUUGUUUAUUUAUUUGACCCUCCUAGCUUUGGAGCUACUUCAUCCAUCAAUUGCUGCAAUCAGAUUAGUUAGUCCUCAAUCUUUUAUCCUCUGUACUAUUAUUACAUAGUGUAUUUUACUUCUUCAUAGAAAAUAAUGGCCUAUAGAGAAUGGUAUACUAUAUUACAGUGUAUUUUACUUCAAAUCUUCUUCUUUUUCAUAGAAAAUAAUGACCUUAUAGAGAAAGGUGUAUUGAUUAAUUUUGUUUCUCCAGUGAUAUAAUAAAUAAUAAAUUAUUCA